UGUGCUAUAUGAUCAGGGCUUUAGGGAAACUGAGUAUGAUCCCCAUCCUUAAUGUUCAUGUCAGACCAUGUCAGUACCUACAGUGUUGUUAUGACGUUUGUUACAGGGGUGGACACCGCUCCACCGGGCUGCCUGGGAAGGCCGCACAGAAACUGCACAAGUUUUACUCACAGCCGGGGCAGAUCCUAACGCACGGGGCAGAGAUGGGAGAACACCGCUCCACCGGGCUGCCGAGGAAGGCCGCACAGAAACUGCACAAGCUUUACUCACAGCCGGGGCAGAUCCUAACGCACGGGACGAAGAUGGGAUCACACUGCUCCACCGGGCUGUCGUGGGAGGCCACACAGAAACUGCACAAGUUUUACUCACAGCCGGGGCAGAUCCUAGCGCACGGGACAAUGAUGUAA